AUGUCAACGGACGCACAGGCGGCCCUGCUGCAGCUCAAGGUGCGUGUAGGCCAGAGGGAGCUGAGUUGCAGCGUGUGCGCCAAGCGCCUCACUUGGGAGAUUUUCCAGAAGAUCAUGCAGCUCCUCUUUCGAAGGGCCCAGACAUACACGGACCACGCGUGGAGGGAAGGCUGUGCCACCGUUGAGCUCCCGGAGUCCCCGAAGCCGGGUCCCACGGAACCUCCUCAGGCAUAGCGGGGGCAGAUGCUGAACGGGCCCGACCGCCGACUGACCAGGAGCCGAGUCCAGGCCUCCGAGGCUGAGCCAGCUGGGGCCGCGUAGGGUGCCUGCUCGUCGUGCAUGCGAGCCGUGGACCGGAAGGCAGCGUGCUGCCAGUGUGAGCAAGCCUUGUGCGGGAGCUGUGUGCACACCUACCGCAGCUGCGGGCCCCCGCCUGCCCCCUGUGCACCCUCGUGGAGUGAGUGCAGGCCCAGGACGAGUGGGCGGGCAGGUGGGCCUAGUGGGACCAUGUGAUGGCAAUAAAUGCUUCACCCAGAACAAAAUAUAUAUAUAUAUAUAUAUAUAUAUAUAUGUAGGAGUUCCAUUUGAGGCUCAGGGAUAAUGAACCCAAGUAGUAUCCAUGAGGAUGCAGGUUA